UUCAUGGGCAUUUGGCUGACAUGGCUCGUUCAAAAGUUUGUUUUUUAAAGCAUUUUAUGGUGUCCUCUAAGCUCAUUUAAGUUGGCAAAGGCUGUUUGAUAGAUUCCUAUUGGCUCGCCGAGUUUAGGUGUCUGUUAUGCUCGCGGAUACUUUGGUUUUUCUUCGUGGCCGAUCUCUGUCGAAGUAAUUUUUAGCUCGUAAUAUGGAGCAGAGGCGUUAUGGGGAGUCUUGUGAUAAUUUUGAGUCACAUAUAUUGCAUGCUAAAGCAGACGAUAAAGUACUCCUUGAUUGUAUUACUAGCUAUUAGAAGUUUGAAGAAGGGUAUCGGGUUUUUGGCCUUUUGGAUAUGCUCACUCGAUAGGAGCCUUCUGUGGUUCACCAAAAAACUGUUUCCCGGUUGUAACCUGUCACAACAUCGUGCAUUUUGCCGUAUUUCCCAUAUAAAAAACGGAAGCUUUCCAAAUUUAACGAUCAGUGAGGGAGAUUUACUCUACUCUGGUUUAAUCUAAGGCCCACCACCUCCUGGAGGAUUAGAUCCUCGGGGAGUCGUAGAAACUUCCACUUCGAUAUUAGCUGUUUGAUGGAGGUUGAGCUGGCGGUUGCUUUCCAGGAUAUGCUUGUAUAUAUGGUUAUAGGGAACCUAACAACAACUAGAUCUUUUUCUUCAAGUUUCUAUUUUUGAGCCUUUGGCCAAAUUCUGGCUUGGGAUAUUAUUGUCCAUCUAGCAUGCAACGUUGGUAUGAUGCAUUUUCAUAGACCAUUUAACGGUGAAUGCUUGAUACUCACUACUACCAGUGUGUUUUAACUGGUUAAACCUGUGAUGCUCCAACAUCUGAUUUUUGUUGCUUGUGUGAUGGAUGCUCGUGGUUUUGUUGUUUGCGCUUGAUAUUCACAAAUGGAGGACAUCGCUGGGAUCAAAUGCAAAUUUGAUUAAGUUGUCAGUAGCUUCUUCUCAUGCUACAGGGCAUAACUUUUAAUAUGAUUGCCACCCAUACUACAUGGCAGUAAUGGUUUACACCCCAAUUUCCUUGUAGUAUCAUGUAACAGUCUCAUUCUGUUUUAACACACAGAGGCUAGUUAGAUUUUUCUCUGUGCCCCUUAACCAACGUACGAUUUUUAUCUAAGCAAUUAUCUCUGAUAGUUUCUUGAGUUAAGGAGUGCUUAUGGGUCUGUACUAGGAGGUUGAGACAUCACAAUAGUUUAAUUGUCACUGGUCUCGACAGCCAAGACUAUUUAUAAAGCAUAAGAAUUGGAAGAAUGCCAUUCUUAACCACCUAUUCAACCUGCACAUUUUAGGUGCACUGAUAUAGCAACCCAGGCUUUUCUCCUUGGACAACCUUGCAUUAUUGCGCUACAAGCCUCUGUCUGGCCAUUUUUCACUUGAGCCAUAUGCCCUUCUCAGUCCCAACAUCUUGAGGCCAUGGUUUCAUUUUGUAGUUGUAUUGGUGACGAGGGACAUGUACUUAAGCGUUCCUCUUCUGGCUCGACUUACAUAUUAUCCAUGCUAAAAAAUUCUGGAAUAUCACACCUCAUCAGAUCCUGUUCUUCUUUAUUAUAACUGCAAGGAAAUCUUUGUUCAUCUCAUCAAUCUGAAUUUUCGAUGUAAUAUAACGGAGUUAAUAAUGGCUUUCUGCUCAUCAAAGCAGACUCAUUAGACAAUUCCAUCAUAUCUGAAGCUAGUAAAUAAACUGUAGGAAGUGUUAUAACUUCUACUUCUUAUGUAACUCCUGGAUCUCACUGGUUGUUGUACAAGAGAUUAUAGGUGUGAGAAAUGCUGUAAAAAUUGUUCUUUUUAAAAGAAAGUGACGAUACUUCAGCAAUGCCAAAAUCCUACCUGUCUUAUCACUUCAUCCUGCUGGUAGGGAAUGACUGAUAGGUCUGCAAAACAGUGUCUACUCUAUGGCCGUGAUUCUUGGAAACUUGGUUUAACUGUCCCAAUCUGUAACAAUUUGCUGCUGCAGAAUUGCUGCGUCAGCAUGCAUUAAGCAUUAGGUUUGGAAAUUGAGUAGAAGUGUUUUGGGUGAGGAGGGUGAAAGCGGGCUAUAUGGAAAAUAGCAAAUUGCGUUUGGUGGUUAUAUCCAUUAUUCUAGCUGUUCGAACUGAUAUGUAAGUGAGGUUAAUGCAGCUAGUGAGGGAUUUGCACUUCGCUGCAGGAGGUGUUCUUAUCUUCAGGCACUUACAUAAUUUGAAAGCGCACCUUGGGUGAUAAUUCUUCUGGUGGGAAUCCAUUUGGUGCUCCGGUUAGAUGUUCAAGUUAUGCACAUGCUGGAAAUGGAUGUCACUUUGAAAAUGCUGCUGGUGUUGUGACUGAGACUUUGGGUGCUGGUGUUAGAGAUAUUGAGCAUCAUCCACUAAUGCAGUGUGGAAACUUUGAAGUCGAUUUGGGUUUUCCAGUCAUACAUUUAAAGAGCAGUAAUAAUACAGUGAUAAGACUAUCAUCUGGGAAUCCUAAGGAGUUCCUUUUGCAGACUCUUAGGGAAUAUAUUUCUCAAUGGCAUGGUGUACUUGAUGAUGGUUGGUACGUGGAGUUCAAAGAAUCCUUUAAUGGCUGUGGAACAUAUGUCUGGUACUGUGCUCCAGGUGGGCUAAAAUUUGAUACAAUGUCUGAAGUUGCUUCUUAUCUUGGUUUGACGUCAAACCACAAACUUGUAGAGCCCAAAUUAAAUAGUGAGGGAUCUACAGUGCUGGAGAGAUUUCAUCUACCUAGGAAAAGGAAGUCAUCUAAGUCUGUAAUUAAUGGUUUUGCCGAAAGUAGGGGAUACCUUACACAUGCUCAUCAUAAGGAAUUCAUAUCUGACAGUCAAACUAUGGAAGUGGUAUCUAGUAAUGGGAAUACUCUUAAAGCCGCAGAAGCAAGAUCUGAGGAAAAUUUUGGAUCUGAAUAUCAGCAAUACAAAGAUGGGCUACCAGUGCAAUUUGAGGAUUUCUUUGUUCUCCAUUUGGGGUCAGUUGACUUGAGACCUUUGUAUCAUGAGCAGGAGAGAAUCUUGCCUGUAGGUUACAGGUCCUGCUGGCAUGAUAAGAUUACUGGUUCGAUCAUGUUUUGUGAGGUGUUGGAUGGUGGCGACUCUGGACCUCUAUUCAAGAUCAGAAGGUGUUCUUGCUCUGUAGUGCCGAUUCCAAAUGGAUCAACUAUUCUCUUUAGGCGAGUCCUUCCACAAUAUGCUGGGCCAGAUGCCAAAGUGACUGAUGAUGUUAUAUACUCUAGUAUGGACUCUGAUGAUGAUGGUAUCAUUCAGGCGAUCCUCACCAACCCAGUGCCUCCUGUAGAAAAUGAACUUUCAGCUUGCCUUUGUAGUGGCAGAAAUGAAGUUUCUGAUGUGAGAGAAAACUCUAGGCAAGCUGAUCCAAGUACUGCUCUUGUCCGUUAUGCAACUGUCAAUCACGAGGACUGCCUUCGAGAUGAAAUUGGUGAAAUUGUGGUUGAAGAGCGUUCAUCUUCCUUAGCUUGGAAAAGAUUGUCUCAAAAAUUUGUUGAUGCCUUAUCUGACAUCCGUAGCAGGAAAAGCUCUUACAAGCUGUCUUGCAAGCAUGUAAAAAAUGAGACAAUCUCAUCUUACUGGGAUAUGGUGGAUGAAAAGUGUGUUCCUUCUCCAUUGCAGAGAUUUUCCAGUUCACCACUCUCUGCAGGCUUCUCAUUGUACAACAGUGAUUCUGAUAUUUCAACUGAUGCCUUGCUAAAAUGGUUGGGCCAGGAUAGAUUUGGAUUGGAUGCAGAAUUUGUGCAAGAAACUAUAGAAAAGCUUCCAGGCAUCGAAGGUUGUUCUAGGUAUGUACUUUUGAGUAGUAGAAAUAACCAUUCAAGGUCGCUGACUAUUGGAAAUGGAAACCUUAUUGUUAAAAGAAAAGGAGUAGAGAUCAAAGAAGGAGCAUUUAAUGGUCUAUUUGGUGAAUUGAGAAAAGGUACGGUGGAUGUAGAUGAUCGGUGUAGCCCACCUUCUGGGACAGAGCCCUGCUCCAGGCUAUCACCUACGAUCACUGGAGAUUGUUACCAGGUAUGGGAAGUAUUGUGGCGUUUCCAUGAUAUUCUGGAUUUAAAAGAGCCUCCCACUCUGAAGAAGCUUGAGGAUGAACUUAUCAACCCAUGGGUAGAUGCUAGCAAGCUUGCAGUGAAUUUUGGUCAGGGAUUGCAAGGAUGCCAAGUCUUGGAUUUGCAUCCAAGUGAUCAUAGGGGUGAUGAAACACCCUCAGGAAUUGCACCUGGUUCCCAGCUUUGUGGGGAACAUCUGUGUAAAUUUAGGACAAUGGAAACAGGGGCAAAGGAGGAAUCAUCUUACACUAAAAGCCCAUGUAUUUCAUUCAAUACCUGUUGCGGUAUGGCUUUGACAAAGGUGCAUAGCUUGCUGCUUGGAGUUCUAAUAGGUGAGCUACAGUUGAAGGUUGCUGCACUUGUGGAUCCAAAUUUUGAGACUGGUGAAUUAAAAUCCAGAAGGGGAAGGAAAAAAGAUAUGGAAAGCUCUCUUCCUGCAAAAAGAGCUAAACUCAGUAUGCUGCCUAUCAAUGAACUGACUUGGCCUGAACUAGCACGGAGGUAUAUUUUGGCUAUCAUAACCAUGGAUGGUAAUUCUGACUCUGCUGAUGUUACUAGUCGUGAAAGUGGGAAAGUUUUUCGCUGCUUACAAGGUGAUGGUGGCGUGCUUUGUGGCUCAUUGACUGGUGUUGCUGGGAUGGAAGCGGAUGCUCUUUUGCUUGCAGAGGCUUCAAAGCAAAUUCUUGGUUCUAUGACCAAAGAAAAUGAGUUUCUCACCCUGGAAGUGGAAGAAUCAGCUGUACCUGAUGCUGUUGAAAAGAAUUUUGUUGGUGAUGAUAAUCUUCCAGACUGGGCCCAGGCCCUGGUGCCUGUGAAAAAGUUACCAACAAAUGUUGGGACCAGAAUUAGGAAGUGUGUGCAUGAUGCUUUGGCUAAAGAUCCGCCAGACUGGGCAAAGAAAAUAUUGGAACAUUCAAUUAGCAAGGAAGUCUAUAAGGGCAAUGCAUCAGGACCAACAAAGAAAGCUGUUAUUUCUGUGCUAGCAGACGUAUCUGGUGAAGCAUCACAACCAAAACCUGAAAAGAAAAGUAAAAGGAGGACUGUUGUUUCUGUUUCUGAUGUAAUCAUGAAGAAAUGUCGUGUUGUCUUACGUCAAGCUGCUGCAGCCGAUGAUGGGAGAGUUUUUUGCAAUUUGUUGGGAAGAAAAAUAAUGAAUAAUAGUGACAAAGAUGAGGAGGGACUUCUUGGAUCUCCAGCCAUGGUGUCUCGACCACUGGAUUUUAGGACCAUUGAUUUGAGAUUGGCAUUUAAUGCUUAUGGUGGUUCACAGGAAGCAUUUGUCGAGGAUGUUCGAGAGUUGUGGAAUAAUGUGAGGAUUGCCUUUGGGGAUCAGACUGAUGUGGUUGAGCUAGCUGACAAAUUAUCUCAAAAUUUUGAGUCGUUAUAUGAAGAGGAGGUUGUCACUCUUGUUGAUAAACUUCGGGUGUAUGCAAAAUCGGAAUCCUUGAGUGCAGAAAUAAAGAAGGAAGUGGAUGAUGUUCUUGCCUCUCUAAGUGAGCUUCCUAAGGCCCCAUGGGAGGAAGGAGUCUGUAAAGUUUGUGGUAUUGAUAAAGAUGAUGAUAGUGUUUUGCUAUGUGACACAUGUGAUGCUGAGUACCACACCUAUUGCUUGAAUCCUCCACUUGCAAGAAUUCCUGAAGGAAACUGGUAUUGCCCUUCUUGUGUUGUUGGUAGACGCUUAGUUCAAGAUGUGUCUCAGCAGAAUUAUGUCAUCCGUAAGCGCCGAGCUAAAAGAUUUCAAGAAGUUACCCGUGACUACUUGGAGGCACUCUCUCAUUUAGCAUCUAGAAUGGAAGAAAAGGAGUACUGGGAUUAUACUGUUGAUGAGAGGACCUUCCUGCUCAGAUUCUUAUGUGACGAGUUGCUUAGCUCAGCUCUUGUUCGACAACACCUCGAGCAGUGUGCAGAAAUAUCGGCUGAGCUGCAGCAGAAGCUGCGAAUGCUUAUUGCGGAGUGGAAGAACCUGAAGCUAAAGGAAGACUACCUGAUGGCAAGAGCUGCAAAAGCUGAUGGUGCCACUAACACAUGUGGAGAAGUUUUGGGGAAGCGUGGUUUAGACCCUGCACAAUCAAACAACACUAGACGUAUCAUCCAUCAGCUAAGUGACAGAUCCAAGAAUCUUAAUAUUCUCCCUGAACUGCGAUUCUUGGAGGCUGGUCAUGAAAAAUGUGGGCUUAAUGGUUUUGACCACUCAUCUAUCAAUAUGGCAGAGAAGAAUGGUCUCUACAAGGAUAAGGCAAGUAAUCCUGCUAAUGACGAGUGUGAACCGGAAGACAAUGGUGUUGCCAAUGGCGACAGAAAACUGCUUGGCAACACUCUAUCCUCAAGGGCUUCUCAAACCGAUGAUAGUACUCUGAAAUCACGUGACUCGCCUACAUCAGAUCCUUUUCCAGAAGAAGUCAAUGACCCUGAAAGAAAAAAUUUUGAGCAAGAAUGCUGCCUUCAUUCUGAUUCAAGAAGCUUCCCUCGUACUCAGAACCUUGAUGAUCUGAAUGAGUCAACCCACCAGGUCGAACUGACUUCUGUGAAAAAUGAGCUUUCAGCACUGCAGGAUUCAAUUGGCAACUUAGAGUCACAGCUUCUCAAGCAUUCAUUACGCAGGGAGUUUUUGGGUAGUGACUCUGCUGGGCGAUUGUACUGGGCUGCAGCAACACCUGGCAGUCGGCCGCGGAUUGUUGUUGAUGGUACUUUAGUAUCUGGGAAAAGAAGGAAAAUUUUAAAUUCUAUGGUCCCGAGCAGUACUUGGGGUUCUGCUCCCACUGCAGAAUCAGCUCUAGAGGGGUCAAAAGCUUGCUGUCCCUUCAUGCACAAAUCAGAUGGAGCAGCCGCUGCAAAUCAAUCAUGGGUUUUUUAUCAAACUGAUGAUGAAGUUGAACAGCUUGCUGGAUGGUUGAAGGGUAGUGACUCGGGAGAAAAGGCUCUGAAAAAUGCCAUUUUGCACUGGUGGAAGUUUAAAUUGCAGGAUGUUGGCCAUAUUUCUGAUGGAAGUGAAACAACUUCUGAAGGGUGCUUGAAUGGUGAAAACUUGGUAACUUCUGUUUGUGUUGCUACAAAGGCUUCCUCUUUUUUGGAAAGAAAGUAUGGUCCUUGUACGGAAUUGGAAAAUAUAGGUACUUUGAAAAAGCGAGCAAAAAAGGCAAGAGCACCCAGUGAAGAAAAAAUGUACCGGUGUGAAUGUUUAGAGCUUAUUUGGUCAUCUCGAUAUCAUUGUCUCUUCUGCCACAAGACUCUUCUCACUGAGGAUGAACUGGAGGAGCACAAUGACGGCAGGUGCAGUUCAGAAUUUUCAGGGCAUGAGAAGGGUAAAGAAAAUGCAGACUUAUCCAAAAAGAAAGGAAAUCUCAAGUCUGAUCCUGCUCGUAUAGAAAGAACAGGUGAAAAGGAUGUGUAUGAUAAAAGUCAACACCUCCAUUUAUGCUCAAAUUUGAUCACAUUUCAGAAUGAAGGUUUCGUGUGCCCAUAUGACAUUGAUGAGAUAAGUUCUAAGUUUGUCACAAAAGAUUCGAACAAGGAUUUGGUACAGCAAAUUGGUCUUAUCGGAUCUAAUGGGACUCCAUUACUUGUGCCAUCAAGGCCUCCUUACCUUGAUGACUCUGAUCCAAUUCUUUUAUCUAGUGGUGAUGCUAGUGUCCCAAAUGAGGAUGACAAGGAAGUAGGAGUGACUGCUGUUCGGGAAGAUAGAAGUAUAUGCAACACCAACACAUCUGAAUGUUAUAAUAUCAGACCUGGAGGUGAGAAUAUUGGCACACAAAGGGAUGCUAAAUCAAGCUUGGCCUGUUCAGAGGGGAAGGAGAGAAAAUAUACCCUACAUAAGCGCGCUAUGGCAACAGGGCUUAGUCAGCGCUGUGUGGUGCCACAGUCAUCCUUGAGACCCUUACCUGGCAGGGUCUCUCCAAUUUUGAGACAGUUGAAGAUUAAUUUACUUGACAUGGAUGCUGCUCUAGAAGGAGAAUAUUUGAAACCAUCAAAAGCACAUCUGGAAGGGAGGUGGGCCUGGCGUUCGUUUGUUAAAUCUGCACAGACUAUUUAUGAGAUGGUUCAGGCGACAUUUGUCUUCGAGGACAUGAUUCAGACAAAGUAUUUAAGAAAGGAGUGGUGGUAUUGGUCAUCCCUCUCUGCUGCAGUUAAAACCUCCACCUUGUCUUCCCUUGCCCUGCGUAUUUAUUCCCUGGACUCUGCAAUUUUAUAUGAAAAUAUAUUGCCCGACCUGGACUCAACUGAUAUUGUGGUAGACAAGGCCAUAGCUUCCACUUCGGAUCCGACCGAGAAACCCAAGCCCAGCAGAAAGUCAAGCAGGAAAAGGAAGGAGCCCGAGGGCUGACGGAGCACGGAUCUAUGUGUAGAUUUUUUUUCCAAGACAAACCUGACCCCAGCAUUGAGCUUAUACAAAAGUAAUUCAAGAGGCUACUUUGAGAAGGGAAGAGAAGCCCCGAGUAAGGCGGUUUAUUGCACACAUUUCGGCUUCUUGAUGGGCAAUUCAUGCUGACCGCAAUGAUGUAGGCUAGGAAGAGGUUGCUGCUGCUUCUGAUUGGUAUAUGUGUACAUAGCGCCAGCUCUGAUUGGCAUUUCUGUAUAUAGGUAUAAGGCUGACAUCUUUGGCCGUCGGGAUCGAGGUUAAGAGAGGAGUCCGGCGGUUUAUUAAGCCUGGCGUACUAAUGCUAUCGACAGAUCAGUGGGUUAACCAAGGGGUGUACACAUUUGUUUUUUGGACCGGAUUUUGCUGCAGAUUUUGGGCUUGCUCGGGAUGUUGGAAUCAAUCGAGGAAUUUGUCUUGCGGGGCACAACUUCCAGAUUUCGUUAGCAGGAAGAUUACUGUAAAAAGUUGAACAAGUCAAAAAGAAAAAAAAAAUGUUGAUAAUGAUGCAGCUUAGCGAUAGACAAUUUUCAUUCUUUA